CCUGAUAACCAGUGGAUAGGAAGUUGCACUUCCUUGGGUCAAACUCACCUUUUGAGUUGGGUGGGGAAGGGAUUUUGAGGGCCCUUAAAUUGAAAAAAGGAGGUUGAUUGUACCUUUCACUUAGUCAUAUUGUGUAAGCACUUCACCCCAAAGGAAUUAAAUUGUUCCUGGCUCUCAGUUGUCAUUGUAGGGCCUUUUGAAAGGCACAGGGAAAGUGUUGGAAGCAGUGGCUGAGUUGCAGUUCAGCUUAAUCACCCAGGGAAGGGCUGUUACCCUAACAGGAUGAGAGCCUGGAGAAUCAGGCACUUGGUAACUUCAAUUUUUCUCUUCCUCUUGCACAGAAGUAGCACAGGCAGAAUAUGACAAAAACUAGAAAAUCCUGGAUUUCAAGACACCAUCCCAUAGAAACUGUACCUAAUUAUUUUAGACCAUGGCUUGGAAAAAUUUUAUAGUGCUAUUUUUAGAUAAUCAUUGCUUAAUAAUGGAAAUAAAGAUGUGAGAAAUGUGAUGUUUUGUGUGGGGUUUGGCUGUACAUGGAAGAUUGAGACAGAGGUGAUGCUGUUCUGUUUUAUGACAUGCUCGGUUUGGAGACUGAAAAGCAGAGCCUUUUAAAUACUAGUUCAAAGGCUGAGCAAAAUGGUUGGGAUUUAUCUUGCAGAUCAGAUUCCCAAAGGUUGCCUUGCUUCAGCCUGGGAGGCAGCACAGGUUUUUCCCUCCCCUCUCUGUUCCAUCUUUCCUGUAAAUUGGCAGAGGGCCUUGGAAAGUGCUGGACUAUUCCCAUCAGACACCAGUGAGGGCUCAGCAGAAGCUCACCAGCACAGUACAGAAACCCCAGAUCUGUGACCAGGCUGCCAUUCCCAAACGAGCUGGGCUUUGUUGCGAGCAGGAGCGUUCCGGAAUGUGCAUGGGGAGCAGGAACAAUAACUGGGGUGAGUGCUGCUGGGAAUGCAGCUGACUGCUCGGGGCUCCUGCUCUUCUCUUGCAGAGGACAGCCAUGGGGGAGGCAGCACCAGCUGAGCCCAGGGGUGCUCGCAGGCAGCUCUUUGAUCCGCGCAUGAGGAGCAGGGCCAGGAGGCUGGGGACGUUCCGGCAGUGGCCCCACGACGCCCCGGUGUCUGCCCAAGCCCUGGUGGAGGCUGGCUUCUUCUAUGUGGGCCCCACGGAUGAAGUGCAGUGUUUCUGUUGUGGGGGUGUCCUGACGGAAUGGAGACGUGGGGAUUGCCCCCUCAGGGCGCACCUGACUUACUUCCCUUCCUGUGAAUACCUCAGCGAUGAGCGUGUGGGGAUCCAGGAGGUGCUGAGCUCCCUGCAGGAUGUCUUGGAUGCUGUGGAUGGGCAGAUCCUGAGCGUCUUGCAGGGGGUGGGCAGAGAGGAGCCAGCCCUGCCCAAUGACCCAGAGUACCCUGACAUGGAGAUGGAGGAGAUGAGACUGUCUACAUUUGAGAACUGGCCACAAGAUUCCACCGUGGACCCAGAGCAUCUGGCUAGAGCAGGAUUCUUUUACACAGGAGAAGGAGAUCUGGUGAAGUGCUUUUACUGUGAUGGAGAGAUGAUGAACUGGUCCUCUGGAGAUGAUCCUUGGAGGGAACAUGCCAGGUGGUACCCAGAGUGUGGAUUUGUACUGCACUCAAUGGGGACAGAAUUUGUUAGCAGCAUUCAGGAAAGCCUUUCUACCUCUCCACUGACUCCAAGAGAUUCCUGGGAUGAGGCUGAGCAAGAAUCCUCUCCUUCCCAAGGUCCUCUGAGGGAUUGGGGAUUGCGGGCUCAUCCUUCUGAGGAGCAGAGUCUCAUAGUGCAGAAUGUCCUGCAGAUGGGCUUUGACCCCACCUGGGUGACAAACCUGGUAGAGAAUAAAUUUGCACAGACUGGGACUUUCUACCUGUCCGAGUCUGAGCUGGUUUCAGACCUGGUGCACUCAGGCUGUGGGGCCAGCAGCAGCCCAGGAGAAAGCAGAGGCGCUGUUCAGAGAGAGACUGGAACAUCAAGACGAGAAAUGCGAUCUGUGCAGCAAAAGGAAUCAGAUGGGUCUCAGCUGAGCACAGAAGAACAGCUCCGCCGCCUGCAAGAGGAGAGGAUGUGCAAAGUGUGCAUGGACAAGGAUGUGUCUGUUGUGUUUGUCCCCUGUGGCCACCUGGUAGCCUGUGCAGAAUGUGCCCUCAAUUUGAGGCGCUGUCCCAUCUGCAGAGCUGCCAUCCAGGGCAGUGUGAGAGCUUUCAUGUCCUGACCAUGAUGCACCCAAGGGGAAAGAGAGGUCCAUACAGCUCAUUUAUAACUCAGCAGAGGGAGAAAAUAAGUAAAUAGUUUGCUGGAGCAAUCUUAUUUGCAGGGUAGCUUGGCAUAAGUGUAAGAACUCACUAAAUGUGUCUCCCUUGCACAGUGUUCCUGGAAAAACUGCUGGUUUCAUCUACUCUUGCUUUAGGACUGCUCCAGGAAAACUCUGUUGGAUUCUUCUGCCCUCCAAAAUGAGGUUUUUAUUGACAGAUUCUAUUUUUCAACAUUUUUGUGUUCUCAAGUGAAUCUUUGCUCUCUGUAUUGAAAUCAAAGACUGUUUUCAGCAGAUUCUGUUUCUCACUCACUUAGCAGAACAAUCUCUAGACAGCUGGUAGGGAUUCCUUCAGGAAGUCUGAUUAAAAAUGGGAGUAUUUUUUUGUAUAGAAUGCAUUCCGUUGAGAUGAGAAUACUCAGCAGUAAUGUAUUGUGAGGGAGGGAGAAUCUACCUUUUUCUCCCCUUUU